UCAGUCAGCGAAGUUGUAAUAUUUAAGAGGAAAUAACCUGAAGAAGGUCAUGAUGAAACUUGAAUGAUCCCUGCGGAGGUAUUGGAUAAUAUCAGCCAUGGCGAGGUCAAAGGCGAGAGUGUACACUUGUUGCGCACUGAUGCUGCUCUGCGUGGUUGCUGUAAUUGUGUGUAUUGCCGUGGUCGUGAGACGCAAAAACCCAAAGUGUCCAGAAGGCACUUACUCAACCGCUGCAGUGGCUGCAGACUCUGGGAGAUGUUCACGGAUUGGACGGGACAUACUUCAACAAGGAGGCUCAGCGGUAGAUGGCGCCAUUGCUGCGCUGUUGUGCACCUCUCUCAUGAACCCACAGAGUAUGGGCAUCGGAGGGGGGUCCAUAUUCACAGUGAUGGACAGCUCUGGCAAAGUGACAGUCAUCAACUCAAGAGAGACCGUACCUGGGAACUUUACACCUGAUCUGUUGAAGUCAUGUCCCAAGACAUUCCAGCUGGUGGCAGGUAGCCAAUGGAUUGGGGUUCCAGGAGAAAUUCGGGGUUAUGAACAGGCACACAGGCUUUAUGGGAAGUUGCCGUGGGCCACCCUGUUCCAGCCGUCCAUCCAGCUGGCCAGAGAAGGGUUUCCUAUUCCUCCGGUCCAAGGUCGAUACAUACGGCACAUUGAUACAAACCAGACCCAGCCACUACGAAAGCUGUUUACAGAUGAGAAGGGGAACCUGCUACAGACUGGUGACACUGUGAAGUUUGAGAAGCUGGCCGACACUUUGGAGAUGAUUGCAAAACACGGGGCAGACAUUUUUUACACUGGAAAAAUAGCAGAGGAUUUAAUCCGUGACAUACAGGAGGCAGGAGGAACACUCACAGCGCAGGACUUGGCAGCGUACAGAGCUACAGUGACUGAUGCGUGGGCUGUUCCUUUGGGAGAGUACCAGAUGUACAUACCCCCACCCCCUGCAGGAGGCAUCCUCCUCAGCCUCAUCCUUAAUGUCAUGAAAGGAUAUAACUUGACUCCAGCAUCUCUGAAAGGUGAACAAAAGACACUGGCUUAUCAUCACUUGGUUGAAGCUUUUAAGUUUGCCAAUGGAUUAAAGAAACACAUCCGUGAUCCACGGUUCAGCUCUGAAGAAAUGGCAAAGAAAUUCACAGAGGACAGCUUUGCCAAGCACAUACGGAGCUUGAUCAGCAGCAGUGAGACUCAUGAUCCCCAGUAUUACAACAUCACCCCCUAUCUGGACAGCAUGGGCACCACGCAUGUGUCAGUGCUGGCUGACGACGGAUCUGCUGUGUCUGUCACCAGCACCAUCAACCACAUAUUUGGCUCUAAAGUCUUCUCUCCAAGCACUGGAAUCAUCCUGAACAAUGAACUGUCCGACUUCUGUGGGAGAGUCGAUAACAUCUUUCCUGGGGAGCAGCCUCCAUCCUCCAUGGCCCCCGCUGUGCUGAAGUCUCAGUCGAGGACGCUAGUGAUUGGAUCGACUGGCGGGGGGAUGAUCACGACUGGGAUCUCCUCGGCUCUUAUAAACCACCUUUGGUUUGGAAAGAGCCUCAAGGAGGCGAUCGCUGCUCCUGUUGUUUAUGUCGACUCUCAAAAUGCAGUAAAGUUCGAAGGCGGCUUUGAUAAGAAUGUAAUCGAGGCUCUGAAGGCUCUGGGACACAAACAUGAAAAUGCAACACAUUUCUACAACGUCGUCAAUGCUGUGGAGAGGGAGGACGGCUGCAUCUGUGCUGUGUCUGAUGCCAGGAAACUGGGCGAAGCAGCCGGUUACUGAGAACAUGAGACGAUGACAUUGGAUAUGCAGGAGGGCCUGAAGGUUACAGAAACCUUCUGCAGCCACAAAACCAGGAAAAAGCUGCAGCAGAUGGUAUAAAAUCACUGAACAAGUCUCUGAAUAACAGGCCUCUUCAGCUGAACACUCACAGUUACAUGUAGCAGGUAAACCCUUGACCUCUGAACAGAACUGACUGUAACAGUCACAUGAUGGAUUUUAAUGUGCACGAAGAAACAAGUGUGACUGUCUCCGCCUCGAGGGACUCUUCUGUUCAGCUCGUUUGUGCACAUUUUCACACGUUUUUUAUUUCACUUUUGCGUCUUUCUGUUUGAAACAAUGUUUAUUCAUUCUAUUUUUCACAUCAUGCCAGUGACAUGAUAACGUUUAUACAGAUAUCUGAGACAAAAAAUACAUGUAGAAGGUCAAUAACUUUGUUCAUAGCUGGUAUCCACACUCUUAGUACUGGAGUUAUUCUGUCACCUUCACUAAAUGAUUUAUGUUUAUUGAAUAUACAGUGAAUGAAAUAUAGAUAUAAUGUAUGAUAUUCAAAUAAAAUAUGUUUUCUUACAUGUUACAUAUGCUAUAAUGAGUUAUAUGUUAAAACUAAAUCUGCGUUUCAGGAUGCAAACUGUCCACACUCUAAGCAAUUUUGAGCAAUUUUUAUGAAUUUGCUAUUUAAAAAAAAAUAAAAUU